AAAAAACAUUGCUCAGCGGGCUUUAGGUGGUUUUUCUUGAUUUAUUCGUCUUCUGCUAUUUAUCGAAGUUGGUUGCAAUUCGAGUUCGAGGCAGUAGGUUUCCCAAAUUGGUGAAGAAGAACUCAGAUAGAUAAACUGCGUUAAGAUUUGAAGAAAGAAAGUUAGAGAGAUGUGUUCACCCAGCAAACGAAGAGACAUGGACGUCAUGAAGCUGAUGAUGACAGAUCAUAAAGUGGAGACGGUUAAGGACUCCGUGAGCGAGUUCAUUGUUGAAUUCAACGGUCCCCCUAACAGUUUGUACAGCGGCGGAGUGUGGAAGGUGAGGGUACAGCUGCCGGAUGCUUACCCAUAUAAAUCUCCAUCCAUCGUCUUCGUCAACCGCAUUUACCACCCUAACAUCGACGAGAUGUCAGGUUCCGUCUGCCUUGAUGUUAUCAACCAAACCUGGAGCCCUAUGUUCGUCUUUCUUCCCCAGCUUUUGCUCUACCCAAAUCCCACGGAUCCCCUGAACGAUGAAGCUGCAUUUCUGAUGAUGAGGGACCCGCCGAUUUACGAGCAAAUAGUCAAAGAGCACUGUACCCGGUACGCCAAGGCAGAUGAUAUCCAAGGCCAGCAUCAGAAAGAAGAUGAUGAAGAUGAGGCUGAUGAUGAUGACGACGAUUACAAGUCAUGUGAAGACGAAAUGGACACUGAAGGCAUUUAAUUAGCCCGGACUAUUUGUAAGAAAUUUGUAAGCAAUUGUGUGAUUCACAUCCACCAAACAUUCUUAUACAAAGUGGAAGUAUUCCUAGA